AUGAUAAGGCGUCCACCAACGGUUAUUUGUUACAUCUGUGGCCGUGAAUAUGGAACAAAAUCUAUCAGUAUCCAUGAGCCACAAUGUCUGAAGAAAUGGCACAACGAAAACAACAUGUUGCCUAAAGACCUAAGGAGACCAGAACCAAGAAAACCGGAAGUCAGAGCCAUCACUGCCAAAGGCUUCUAUGAUCUGGAUGCCCUCAACGAGGCUGCGUGGAGCAGUGCCCAGAGCCAGCUGGUCCCCUGCGGCGUCUGUGGACGCACCUUCCUGCCAGACAGACUCACUGUUCACCAGCGAUCGUGCAAGCCCAAGGCCGCCAAGUAA